AUGCCGAAUUGGACAAAAUUCCACUAUCAAAUUAGUAAAAAUCACCUAUAUGAAGAUUCUACAAUAAUUGAAGGACUUUUGCAAGAUAUGGCCACACAAAGAAUUAUUGCUGUAGAACAACACCCUGGUGGUACACAACUUAAAUUUAUUAUAUUUUUCGAAGAUGGAGGAAGAGCUCUUUUUAAACCGAUGAGAUAUCCUAGAGAUAAAGCAGUGCCUAUGAGAACGUUAUAUUUGAGUGAUCAUGAGCGACAUGUCAGUGAAAUUGCAGCCUUUCAUUUAGACAGGAUUUUGGGAUUUAGACGAGCACCACCUGUGGUAGGGAGAAGAAUCAACAUAGCGUCAGAACUUUUUCCAUUGAUUAAAAACUUGGAUCUCAUCAAUACAUUCUACAUAACAGCGGAGGGCAAGUAUUGUUUCUAUGGAAAGUGCCGAAUGUAUUGUGAUAAACGGUAUAGUUUCUGUGGAAACCCCGACAUCAUUGAAGGGAGUUUUGCAGCCUACUUACCUCCAGCUCCUUAUGAGUUGUUGGCUCAAAGACUUGUACAAAAUCCUUGGAAGAGGACUUACAUACCUGGCUUGAAAGCCGAAUGGGAAAAGAAUUCAAAUUAUUGUAACGAUGUUGUCAAGAAUUUGAAAUUAUUUCAAUCAACUAGGAGGUUGUAUGAUGUCAUAGAUUGCGCCAUUUUCGAUUUUCUUAUUGGCAAUGAAGAUAGGCAUGACUAUGAUGAAUUCACUGUUUUUGGCAAGGACAGCUCUCCUACAAUCAUUCAUCUGGAUAAUGGUCGUGGGUUUGCGCGUUCAUACCAUGAUGAGAAAAGUAUAAUUGCGCCAUUAACCCAGUGUUGCCAGAUACGUUUGUCUACCUUCAACAAACUGUACAGUUUUUUAAUCGGACCACGUUCACUAAGUGACCUGAUGAGAGGAAGUCUCUAUGGAGAUCCUGUAGCUCCAGUACUAACAGAACCUCACCUUCAUGCUCUAGACAGAAGAGUUAUUUCUCUUCUUCAAAUUAUUCAUCGAUGCAUAGAGAACUACUCAUCAUAUAUGGUUUUUCUGAAUGACAUUCCGGUGUAGAUAAAUUCUACUUUGCAACACAUUUGAACGUUUUAACUAUCCCUUAAAUAAUAGAGAGAGAUCCUAUAUAAACGACAACAAAAGGUGCUUGAGUUAUGUAUUUGGAACCGAAAUCCUACAUUGUGACUGUGAGAUAAUGUAUAAACUAAAGCAAAAAGUGUUUGAUUCAUGUAUUAGAACUGCAAUCGUCCAUUGCAACAAUGAGAUCCUGUAUAAACAAAGACAAAAUGUAUAUAAUCCAUCUAUUAAACCAGAGCUUGAGUUAUGUAUUGGAACUGUAUUCCUCCAUUGUGAUUGUGAGAUCAUGUAUAAACAGAAACGAAAUGUGUUUAAUCCAUGUAUUAAACCAGAAACCAGAGCUUGAGUUAUGUAUUGGAACCGAAAUCCCCCACUGUGAUUGUGAGAUCAUGUAUAAACAGAAACAAAAUGUGUUUAAUCCAUGUAUUAAAUCCAGAAACUAGAGCUUGAGUUAUGUACUGGAACCGAAAUCCUCCAGUGUGACUGUGAGAUAAUGUAUGAACUAAAACAAAAGGUUUUUGAAUCAUGCAUUCAAACCUAAAUGGUUCAUUACAUAUCAAAGGAAAAUAGUUGCCAAAAAAAUUGAAAAACUUCUAGUGAAUUCUAUGGUAUCUCGAAUCCUAAUGUGACUUUGAGAUUCUGUAUAUAUAAAAAAAAUAAAUGUUUAAUUCAUGUUUUAAAACAUAAAAUAUCCAUUGCAGCUGGAUGGUCUUGUAUAAACAAAAACAAAAGA